AUGCCUGCUACUCAAGAGGCAAACCCAGAUCCACGAGUUCAUAUGACUCUGGAGAACUGGGAGCAAGGAGAUUUCCUGUGCAGAGGUUACAUUCAAAGUCGCCUAGUGGAUCAACUGUUCAAUGUGUACAGUGAGGUCAAAACAUCCAAGGAGCUGUGGGAAGCCCUGGAUAAGAAGUACAAGACGUUCAAUGUGGGCUCAGGAAAAUUUGCUGCUGCAAAAUUUCUCAACUUCGUAAUGGUGGACUCAAAACCCAUCAUGGACCAAGUGCAUGACCUGCAGAUGAUACUCCAAGAGAUAUCAGAUGAAGGAAUGAAGAUCUGUGAGACUUUCACAGUGAAUUGCUUCAUUGAGAAGCUUCCCCCUGGAUGGGCAGACUUCAAGAACUAUCUUGCAUUCAAGCAAAAGGCUUUGACUUUGGCCAACUUGUUUCUAGGCUGCAGAAUGAGUCACUGA